AACUGAACUCAAAGUCAAGUGAAGUCUUGAAAGUGUACUGCUCGUUUACAAAAACAAUCCCCUAACUAACAAUGUAUACAAGAUUUUACCAGAAGUCAAAGGGACUUUCUGGAUUCCAAGUUCGUCUUCCCCCACAACUGGGAGCCAAUAGUUGUACACCUGGACCAAGCCAGGAUGUACAUCAACGGGAAAUGCGCCCAACUGGAGGCAUGGCAGGUCAUCUGCUACACACUGGGCAUCACACUGGUGCUGGUCUGGCUCAGGGAUCUCAUAUUUCAGGAGGAAAGCAUAUUCAAGAGAUUUAAGAAAGGUUUCUUCCGCUUUAUUCGUAGACUUCCUAUCAUCAAGGAAAAGGUUGCCGCAGAAAUACACAAGGCUACAAGCGGGGUAGAAGAACAAUUUGAAAAGAGUGUAAAAGGUCUUCCAUAUGUCAAGGAGCUGCCAAAGACCGGCAUGCCAGAGGAGCAAGUGAUGAAAAUGGUGCAGCAAUACAAAACACUUGUUGAUAUUCAUGCCGAGGAUGGUAAAGUCUCUGGUGCUGUUUAUAAAGCCAAUAACCCAGCAUUACUCAAUCUUGUAACAAAGGUCUACAAUGCGUAUGCAUACUCUAACCCCCUCCAUCCGGAUCUCUUUCCCGAUGUUAGAAAAAUGGAGGCAGAGAUAAUACGAAUGACUUGUGGUAUGUUUAAUGGUGACUCAGAAGCCUGUGGAACACUCACCUCCGGAGGAACAGAAAGUAUCAUGUUAGCAUGCAAAGCCUACAGAAACCGAGCCUAUGACAACGGUAUCAGAUUCCCAGAGAUGAUCGUACCGCUUACAGGUCAUGCCGCUUUCGAUAAAGCGGCGUUUUAUUUCCGUAUCAAGAUCGUCCACAUUCCUAUUGACCCCAAGACAUUUAAAGCAGAUGUUAAAGCAAUGAAGAGGGCCAUUAAUGGAAAUACUUGCAUGCUUGUUGGAUCAGGACCUGGUUACCCCCAUGGAGUUAUUGACCCCAUUGAAGACAUUGCCAAGCUCGGCAAGAAGUACAACAUUCCUGUCCAUGUAGACUGCUGUCUUGGUGGAUUUGUUGUGCCCUUCAUGGAAAAAGUUGGCUUUCCCAUUGCCCGUUUUGACUUCCGGCUCCCAGGUGUGACCAGUAUAUCAGCGGAUACUCAUAAGUAUGGUUUUGCUCCUAAGGGGUCAUCUGUUGUCAUGUACAAAAACAAAGACUACCGGAGGUUUCAGUUUUUCAUGGCCCCAGAUUGGCAAGGUGGUAUCUAUGCCACAGCCACCUUUGCAGGGAGUCGAGCUGGUGCUAAUGUAGCUACAUGUUGGGCGACUAUGAUGUACAUUGGGGAGAGUGGUUACCUUGAAUACACUCGUAGACUCAUUGAGACGGCCAGAUACAUAGAAAAAGGACUGAAGGAAAUCAAAGGGCUCUACAUCAUGGGGGAGCCUGAGGUCACUGUGAUUGCAUUUGCCUCUCUUGAUUUCAACAUCUUCCGUCUAAAUGAUAUGAUGGGUGAGAGAGGCUGGCACCUAAACCCGCUGCAAUUCCCUAGCGGUCUCCACAUCUGUGUCACGCUCCCCAUCACAGAACCCGGCGCGGCUGACCGCUUCUUGAGUGACGUCCGUGAGUGUACGGCUGUGAUCAUGCUGGAUCCCAACGCCAAAGUUGGUGGAAUGGCUGCCCUCUACGGUAUGGCGCAGUCAAUCCCUGACCGCAACAUGGUAGCAGAGCUGGCUGGAGGAUACCUUGAUGCCACUUACAGUACUGGAACCAGCCUCCCCAAUGGAACACACAAGUAGACAGAACAAACACUGUGAUAUGCUCUAGGGCAUUCAUAAUUUUAUUUUGUAUCAAAUUAGUUCAAGAUUUUAUCAUAAUUAUUAUGUGUCAAAGAAAACGAAAUACCUAUUCUAUAAAGGCUGAAAUGAGGGGUUUUCGUUGUACCCUUUAUUCAUGUGUUGAUAAGGAUGGAGUCCUUAAUCUUAUGACGUAAAAGCGUUAUUUUGUUUACUUCCUUUGUUAGUAUUCGAUGUAAUUAUGAAAGAUACUAAACAUCAACAAAACCAACCCGUCCAAUUUAGUUCAAAUAAAUUUUUUCAUUCAACUCUAUAUUCAACUGAUAUUGGGGUUAACAAUAACUGAAACAUAAUAAACUCUAUAGGUAGAAAUAUUUGUCACCUCUUAAUGGUCAGUUUAUUAUUAGAACAGUUGGGUUAAUAUUUUGCAAUUGUAUAUAAAAUGAGCAUUUUAUUAUGUACUGUGUUAACAUGUUUAACGGGUACCUCCACUGGUUUAAACAUGUUGCCACAGCAUCAUUCCAAAUCAUAAUUUGUGUGUAAAAUCUCCUUUAUAUCAAGAUUUUGUGUGACGUCUAUCUCGUAGUAAAAUGGUGUAUUAUCUUAAUUCACUAUCAUGCCAAAAU